UAAGGGCCAGCUGGUAUCUGUAUUAAUAGAUGUCCUGGUUUGCAUUAAGCCAGCAGCUGCAGCCGCAAGACACACUAAACCAGAGUUUAGACAGUGACACCAGACACCUGUAAAUUACUGUCUUGUGCAGUGGACACUAACUGUAAUUUCCCCAGAGAUCUGGAACUAAUAUUUGGUAGCCCUUGGGCGAAGAAACUGCAGUCAGCUUCAGCGACCAUCAGUGAACAGGCAGAAGACUCCUACAGCCGAGCAGAUGGAGGCUGACUCUAACACUCAGGAAACAAGGAACAUGAAAAAGAAUGCAGUGCUCGUGGAUGGAGUUGUGUUAAAUGGACCAAUAACUGACAGCCAUGCUGGAGAAAAGUUUGUUGAUGAGGUGUAUAGGAUGCUAAUGAAUGAGGUCAUACAAAAAGCCACAGAUGUUUCUGAGAAGGUUUGUGAGUGGCAGGAGCCUGAACAACUUAAGAAGAUACUGGACCUUAAUUUAAAAGAAAAUGGAGAAUCCCAUCAGAAACUGUUGCAGCUCUGUCGUAAUGCCAUCAAAUACAGCGUCAAAACAAGUCAUCCAAGAUUCUUCAAUCAAUUGUAUGCUGGCAUGGAUCAUUACUCUUUAGCAGCACGAUUUAUUACCGAGGCAUUGAAUCCAAGUGUAUACACUUAUGAAGUAUCUCCUGCAUUCAUACUAAUCGAGGAAGCGGUUUUGAUGAAAAUGAUUGAGUUUCUGGGCUGGAAGGAAGGUGAUGGCAUAUUUAGUCCAGGUGGCUCCGUUUCCAACAUGUAUGCUGUAAAUCUAGCCAGAUAUAACCAUUGCCCUGAUAUAAAAGAAAAAGGACUUUCACAGGCUCCACGACUUGUCAUGUUUACUUCAGAAGAGUGUCACUACUCCAUGAAGAAGGCAGCUGCUUUCCUUGGUAUUGGCACACAAAACGUGUAUUUUGUAAAGACCGAUGAUCGAGGGAAGAUGAUACCACAGGAACUGGAGAAGCAGGUGGAGAGAGCAAAUGAAGAGGGAGCAGUACCAUUCCUUGUCAUUGCCACUUCUGGCACCACUGUAGUUGGAGCAUUCGACCCUCUGGAUGAGAUUGCAGAUAUCUGCAAAAAACACAAUCUUUGGCUCCAUGUGGAUGCAUCUUGGGGAGGCUCAGCUUUAUUGUCUCGAAAGUAUCGUAAGCUUUUGCAUGGCAUCCACAGGGCUGAUUCAGUGGCUUGGAAUCCACAUAAAAUGUUGAUGGCUGGCAUCCAGUGCUGUGCCUUGUUGGUAAAAGACAAAAAUGAACUGCUUAAAAGGUGUCAUUCGGCAGAAGCCUCCUAUCUCUUCCAGCAAGAUAAAUUUUAUGAUGUGAGAUAUGACACAGGGGACAAAUCUAUUCAGUGUAGUAGGCGAGCAGAUGCGUUCAAGUUCUGGAUGAUGUGGAAAGCUUUAGGGACCAUGGGACUUGAAGAGAGAGUAAACCGUGCACUUGCAUUAUCAAGAUACCUAGCUGGUGAAAUUAAGAAAAGGGACGGUUUUGAACUUCUUUGGGAGCCAGAAUAUGCAAAUAUAUGUUUUUGGUACAUUCCUCCGAGUUUUAGAAACAUGGAAAAAGGACCAGAAUACUGGCAGAAACUUCAUCAGGUUACUCCAGUUAUUAAGGAAAGGAUGAUGAAGAAAGGGAGUAUGAUGGUCGGUUACCAACCCCACCGGGAUAAAGUUAACUUUUUCCGUCACAUCAUCAUCAGUCCCCAAGUGAGCCGUGAAGACAUGGACUUCGUACUAGAUGAGAUUGAUCGUCUUGGCAGAGACUUGUAGCUGUGGGAUAGCAGCACUUUGUGCUGCUUGGACAUGGUGUCCUAUUAGGAAUUAUUGAUGCAUUUAACAAUAUUAAACUUCAUGUUAACAUAAAUGAACAACAGCUGCAGAAUUAAUACAGAUUUUAUACGUAGACAGAGUUUCUGGUUGGUCUUAAGCAAAUUGCAUCAUAUCGCAUCUGCUUCUUUCAUUAAUUAAAUCAAACAUGAUCAUUACCUUAACGCUGAAUGGUAGCUCAAGUUAAUUACUGGUACAUUAAAUAUAACCAAUCAAUAUUGAAAUGUCAAUGCGUAUCAUUAGUAGCUUCCUAGAGCUUUUAAAAGGUGAAUUUCGACUUCAAUUAAAAGUACAAUGUGUUUUGCUUUAAAUGUAAAAAUAGGAACUGCUUUAUUGGGAAGAUUCUGCUGAUAAGCACAGCUAAUCUUCAACUAAUAUAGUACCACUGUAAGAUAUAUUUUAAAGGGUUACAAGCAAGUUAUUUGUAGCCCAGAAGAGGGCUUGAAUUGAGCUUCCAUAAAAACUAUAUAUCUAGAAGGAUAAAUUGAUAAUUCCUUAAUAAAUGGGUAAAGACUUACUAUACAAGAUCAAGAUGAUGUUGAAAAGUGUAUGUAUAAUAUAUCCACGUAUGUAUUUUAACAAUAAUAUAUAUUCUUAUAUUAAAAAAGCUAGAUUAUGUGUGUUGUAUAGAGCAGUGGUUAGAGAACAAACAUUUUCAUUCACAUAUAGUUUAGUCAGACAAUCUUUCUUAACUACAAAAAUCUUUCUUAGUGCGCAGAAAAAACUAUUAAGUUUUGAUAUUUUUCUUACAGAUUAGAUUCUGUAAGAUGUUCUGUUCAAGAUUUUUUUGUAUUUAUCGAAUGUAAAAGUGAAUCAUUUUGCAACAAUAUCUUUAGAAUUCACAGUAAUGCUGGCCUUCUAAAGUAAGAUGGUUUUGGAUACACCUCGAGACCAAAAAUGAGUUCUUCAUGCUCCUACUGAUUGCUCUUCAGUAUGAGCCCUUAAGUUUGAGUAGCUAUGGAAAUGUCUGAUAAUUUUACUGGUAUCUAUGGAAUCAAACUCUUCAACUAGAAAAGACAGGAUCAGGAGCGGACAAUAAUGGUAGUCAGUACAGUGGCCAAAUGUCAGUUGAGGCUUAUAGGGAGAAUAAGCUGUAAUUGUACAGUUGGAUGUAUACAAGCAGUAAGAACUAUAAGCUUAGGACGGUAAGGCAGCAGCAAGCACAGAGGUAGAACGCAAAUCCAGACAAUGCCGGAAUGUGGUAGAGCAAAUCAAAUGACAGCAGUAGGUGAGAAGUUUAGGAAACUUGUUUACUUGUAAACUAGCACCCAGAUCACACAAGCAAAACAUAUAUAUGGAGAUGUGGCCUUAUACAGGCCUCUGACAGCUGUGCUGAUUAAAGAACGGGCAUUAAUGGAAUAAAGUGAGCACUUCUGUUUAACAUGUUAUUUUAGGUCCAAAAAGGAGCAUCAGUUUUGUGGUCAUCUUGAGAAAGGAUGUCAACCUAGUAUGACAUAUUAUGUAUAUUUUACAGUGCACUAAUACUAGCAUUUU